UUCCAAUUUAAAUAAACAGUCGUCACGAUCAAUUUGCGUUGAUUAAAAACACUAACACCGGUGCCCGGUGACUUGUCGGAUGACCAAAAUUGCCGAUUAAGCAAGUUCCGGAGAUCUACAAAAUGGCAGCGGACGAACCCGAGCCGACGAGUGGCCAGACUCUGCUAAAGCAGGGUGCCGAGGGUAAGCUGUACAUUGGUCAGCACGGCGGCGUACGGUGUUUGGUCAAGGAACGGUUUUCCAAGAAGUACCGCCAUCCGGAUUUGGACGUUCAGCUGACUCGGCAGCGGAUCAAGGCAGAGCAGAAGGCGUUCGAACGAUGCAAGGCUGCCGGAGUGGCCACACCGAAGCUGCUGGGUGUUGAUAUGAACGGGAGGAAGAUUUACAUGGAGUAUUUGGAAGAGGCGAAGACGGCAAAGCAGUUGGUGGAUGAAACGGUUUUGAAGGGGGACGGGAAGGCGGCCAUUGCCCAGCUGGCGGCGGAGGUUGGCCGCGUGGUUGGGACGCUGCACGGCCAUAACAUUAUUCAUGGGGAUUUAACUACGUCCAACAUGCUGCUGGAUCCGGUCGAGGGCGCGGAACUUCCCUACCGGCUGGUUAUGAUUGACUUUGGGCUGUCUUACCAUUCGAUGAACGUCGAGGACAUGGGAGUCGAUUUGUACGUGCUGGAGAGAGCGUUGCUCAGUGCUCACAGCGAGGUUCCGGAGUUUUUCGAGCUGGUUCUGGACAGCUACAGGCAGCACAACAAGUUCAAGCUGGCGGAAACCAUUGCCAAGUAUGAGGAGGUUCGCGCCCGAGGACGCAAGAGGACCAUGAUUGGUUGAGUUUUCUAAGUUUUUUCCCCUAAUAUUUUUUUUUUU